AUGGUUGACUUUGGAAGCUUUAUUGAAGAGAACAACGCCUACAAGGUCGCCUCCAGGUCCAAUGAGGGUAACAACAACAGGCGCAGAAGAGGGCCACCACUAGAAGUCAUGCAGUUCUGGGGGUACAAGUUCGAAACCCUAUCGACCCUGCCAGCACCAUGGGCAGAAACCCCGCGCGAGUUUAUCGAAAACCGAGAGAAUGAAGUUGUCAACAACAAAGCCCAGUACUGUUCUGUCGUCCGAACAGGUAUUGGUAAAUCUGUUCUUUGCCUCGGCGGUGAAGUCGACGCCAUCUGGGACUCCAAGCCUGAAGAAAAGGGCAGUCCUAUCAACUGGGUAGAGCUCAAGACAUCCGCCGAGAUUCGCAAUACGGGAGAUAUGGAGAACUUCAACCGUAAGCUGAUGAAAUACUGGAUUCAGUCGUUUCUUCUUGGAGUGCCGCGCAUUGUUGUUGGGUUUCGCACGCGAGACGGCAUUCUGGUUGAGGCAAAGGACAUUGAGACGCAUCGCAUUCCCGAGACAGUCAACUCUUAUCCGAACCCCAAAUGGAACGCUGAUAUGUGCGUCAACUUCGCCGCCACUUUCCUAGACUGGCUAUCCGCGAACAUCACCGAUGAGGGCGUUUGGAGAAUAAAGCGUGAACCUCAGUCGCCCACCAUUGAGCUUUUCAAGGUAGAAGAGACAGGACACGGUGAUAUCCUGUCCGAUGAGUUCAAGAAUUGGAGAAUCAAGCUGGCUCUCGGGCCUAGCAACGAAAGCUGA